AUGGUCGACCUUGAACGGGACGAGAAGAGCUCCCUGGGCCGCCGGAGCCUGUCUGCUUCGUCGGUCACCAUUCCCAAGGACGAUGCCGGAUAUGCCAACGAGGAGCAUUCCUUCGACACCGGCUGGACGGCCUGGUCCCAGGUCCUCGCCUCUUUCUUUCUCUUCUUCAACACCUGGGGAGUCGUGACGGCGUUCGGGGUGUUUCAGACAUACUAUGAACACAACCUGCUCGACCAUCUGUCGCCGUCGACCAUCUCCUGGAUCGGGUCGACGCAGUCCUUCUUGCUGCUCUUCUUCGGGACCAUCACCGGCUCUCUCUUCGACGCCGGCUAUGUCAGACACCUGCUGGUGAUCGGCUGGGUCCUGAUCCCCCUCGGGCUCAUGAUGACCAGCAUAGCCAGCUCGUUCUGGCAGAUAUUCCUCGCCCAGGCUAUAUGUAUGGGCCUGGGAUUCGGCAGCGUCUUCGUCCCCUGCGUCGCCGUCUUGCCUCAGUACUUCAAACGGCGGAGAGCAAUCGCCAACGGCAUAGCUGCUACCGGCAGUGGCAUCGGCGGCGUCGUCUAUCCCUUCAUCUUCCGCCAGAUGCAGAAGGGCAUCGGGUUUGCCUGGGCCACUCGCGCCCUCGGCUUCAUCGUCUUCGCUACAAUGUCGAUAUCCGUCUGUCUGCUCAGGAUGCGGUUCAAGCCCGCCGAACGACGCAGCCUGAUCCAGCUCUCUGCCUUCAGGGACCCCGUAUACUCCCUUUUCUGCAUCUCGCAGUUCUGCGGCUUUCUCGGCCUGUAUAACAUGAUGGUCUACAUACAGCCCUACGCCAUCGACCAGGGCAUCAUGAGCACCGAUCUGGCCUUCUAUCUCCUCGCCAUACUCAACUCUGCCUCUACCUUUGGCCGGAUCAUCCCAAACUACUUCGUCGACUACCUCGGCCCCCUCAACGUCAUGAUACCCAUGACUUUCUGCUCCGGCAUCAUUGCUCUCGGCUGGAUAGGCGUCCACACCACCGCCAGCGUCAUCGUCAUCGUGCUGCUGUACGGUUUCUGCUCGGGGGCCUUCGUCUCCGUUCCCCCCGUCGUCUUGAUCAGCAUAACGCCCGACAUGCGAGAUUUCGGCACUCGGCUGGGUAUGACGUUUGUCUUUAACUCGGUGGGCGCCCUUGCAGGUACGCCUAUUGGAGGUGCCAUCAUACACGGCUCAGGGAACCAAUACCUUGGCGUGCAGAUACUGGCUGGUUCCUGUCUACUGCUCUCUGCCCUUCUCCAGGUCGCCGCUAGGUUUAUCAAGUCAGGGCCGGUCCUGUUUGUGCGUACCUAG